GCCUCUGUACGCCACAGUAUCUUGUUUGUGGGGUAACGGAAGCCCGUGACGCAUUUGAGGAAAACGCUUAAGCCAUGAUGCUACGCGUGAGCUCUUUAGAACAGAGAGGAAUUGAGCUUUCUGACUCAGUUCUGACCAGGCUGCGGUCGUGAAUCGUGUAGUGCUGGUGAAAAGCAGCUCAAAGGACCCUCCAACGAGACCGAAGCGGAGAAAGCGGCCAUCAUUGCGAAGCGGUAGAAGACACCCACAUAGGCUUGUGUUGACAGGAAGACACGAUGUCAGGUUUAAAAAAGAGAAACUCAAAUUCCUCUACAAACCGAGAUGAAGAGGACAAGCAGGUGACGGAAAGGAUGCUCGGAGAGAAUGGAAACUCCAAACGAACUGCUGACGGCUCUCUCGGGGGCACAGACAAAGAUGUGAGCAAUGUUGUCGGAGAAGAAACUGUUGCUUUACAAAGAACAAUAACUCUGGUCAAUGGCAUUGCUAUCAUUGUGGGCACCAUCAUUGGGUCAGGCAUAUUUGUCACACCGACCGGAGUGAUCAAAGAAGCUGGCUCCAUCGGGGCAUCCCUCAUCGUGUGGGCAGUGUGCGGGGUGUUCUCCACCAUAGGUGCACUUUGCUACGCUGAACUUGGCACCACAAUCUCCAAAUCGGGCGGAGACUAUGCUUAUAUUCUCGAGGUUUAUGGGUCUCUCCCUGCUUUCCUUAAAUUAUGGAUCGAGUUGCUGAUUAUUCGCCCAUCCUCGCAGUACAUUGUGGCAUACGUGUUCGCCACUUACCUCCUGAAGCCCAUCUUCCCUGACUGUCCUGUACCGGAGCAGGGGGCGAAGAUAGUUGCCUGUUUGUGCAUUUUGUUGUUAACAGCCAUUAACUGCUACAGUGUGAAGGCUGCCACGCGGGUACAGGAUGUAUUUGCUGCUGCAAAGCUCCUCGCUCUUGGACUCAUCAUCAUCAUUGGUUUUGUGCAGAUUGGCAAAGGUGAUGUGACGAGACUGCUUCCGGAGAACUCGUUCCAGGGGACAAACAUGGAUGUGGGGAAAAUGGGCCUGGCACUCUACAGCGGACUCUUUGCCUACGGGGGCUGGAACUACCUGAAUUUUGUCACUGAGGAAAUGAUUGAACCAUACAAGAACCUGCCUCGGGCCAUCAUUAUCUCUCUACCCAUUGUGACGGUUGUGUACGUGCUGACCAAUCUGGCCUAUUUCACCACACUCUCACCUGAGGAUAUGCUCACCUCUGAGGCUGUGGCAGUGGACUUUGGGAACUACCACUUGGGACCCAUGGCGUGGAUCAUUCCAGUAUUUGUGGGUCUUUCUUGCUUCGGCUCAGUUAACGGGUCUCUCUUUACUUCAUCAAGAUUGUUUUUUGUCGGUUCUCGUGAGGGUCACCUGCCCAGUCUGCUCUCCAUGAUCCAUCCCAACCUGCUCACACCAAUGCCCUCACUCAUUUUCACUUGUCUGAUGACAUUGCUCUACGCCUUCUCCAACGACAUCUUCUCAGUGAUCAACUUCUUCAGCUUCUUUAACUGGCUCUGCAUAGCUCUGGCCAUCAUCGGCAUGAUGUGGCUGCGCUACAAGAAGCCUGAGCUGGAGCGUCCUAUCAAGGUGAACAUGUUGCUGCCCAUCUCAUUUGUCCUGGCAUGUAUGUUCCUGAUUGUCGUGUCCAUCUGGAAAACGCCAGCUGAAUGUGCCAUUGGCUUUGGCAUCAUUGCUACUGGUGUGCCAGUCUAUUUCAUUGGAGUGCACUGGCAGAAUAAGCCCAAGUGGCUUUUGCAAGCUAUCUUUUCCAGCACAGCGCUGUGUCAGAAGAUGAUGGAGGUGGUGCCCCAGGAGUCUUGAAUAUAAAGGGGCCCAGAAAACACAGCCCCCACCCUCUCCCCUGCGCACGCACACACACACACACACACACACACACACACACACACACACACACACACACACACACACACACACACACACACACACACACACACACAGUAUCAUAAGAGAAGUGUGUGUUGCUGAAAGGUGACUUUUAAUCAAGAUGGCAGUCAUUUCUUGUACCUUUUAAAAAACCACAGCCCCACGGUGUCUUGUAGUUAUUUUUAAUCGGGAAACGUUUCAGACAUUCAGUUUGAGAAUUUGGUCGAAUUUUGUGUUAGAAUGGUGCAUGACAGUGUGCACUGCGGUAUGUGUGUGUGUGUGUGUGUGUGUGUGUGUGUGUCUGUGUCUGGUGCUGGGCCUAACCCUGUGCCGAGUGUGUGUGUGUGUGUGUGGUGUGUGUGUGUCCAUGUUUGUGUAGCCCCUCAGCUGGGCUUCCACAUUCCCCUCUGGUCUCUGCUGCUAGGAGACAUGCCAGUCUCUGUACAUUCUUAACAGCAUCCUGAAAACACACACACCACACACACACACACACACACACACACACACACACACACACACACACACACACACACACACACACACACACACACACACACACACACACUAUUCUUAGCUAUUCAGUUCCCAAGGGAGAUGGACCAACAUGCUGUACCUUUCUGUGUUCUUAUAGGGUCAUGUUUAUUUUCGUAUUUGGAGAAAAAGUACCUUUGGCCAUGCAGAAGACAUAUUUCUGCUGUUAUUAUUGUUAUUGCCGUUGUGUGGAAGUUGGGUUUGUGUAUUAGCUAUUACUAGCAAUCUACUGAGUACAGUACUAACUCACUACAGUAAGAAUAGUUAUAAACGACUGUACUAGUACAGCACAGUGCUGAUUGUUGUUAAGAAGUACAGUGUUGACUCCACUGUCUGUAUUGCUAUUCAGCUGCACUGAGUAAAAAAAUGCUCCUUUAAGUAGAGUACUAACUCAGGCUACUCCACUCAGAACAGUACUAACUGAGGCUACUCAAGAGGUUACAGUACUGACUAGAUCCACAGAGUCAAGUACAGUCCCUCUCAGGCCAGUACAGGCCACUGAGAAGAGUAUUAAGUCAGGCCCCUACAAGGCGAAUACAAAAGUGACACACUCCACUGAGAGAGGCCUAAAGUUCCUCAGAAAGUACAGUAGUGAGUAUCUCAAUGGGAUAUAUUACCUCUGUGCUCCAGAAAAUACAGUACCAAGUCAGGUCACUACACUGUGAGCAGUUCUCACCCCAGUAAAAACCUGACUGACUGGACACCACUGUGUGUCUGCUCCUGCCCAGGAGUCAUUACCAAAUCCAUUGAGAAAAGUACUAGCUCAGCUUGCUCCAUUGAGCUCAGUGCAGACCAGGUCCUCUUCACUGAUCUGCUUCCCAGAGAGAACAGUACUAGCUUCAUCAGUCAGUGGAAGUGCACUUCCCCGUAAAACGGUUUCUGAUCCUAGCACUGACAUGAAGCUGCGAACGCACACAGAGUCCACACUGGAACAGAAACUGUCACUGUCAUUAGCCCAUUAGUGAUUUGCCAGCGUGUAAACUAGCUGUGUGUGUUUGUGUGUGUGUGUGUGCAGUGCCACACAUCCAAGUUACACCUUUAUGGUCAUGCAGGUGUGCUUAACCCACACAAUCCCAGUGCUGUGUGUGUAUAUGAGAGAGAAAGUGUUUGUUGAAGGAGACCUUCUGUUGGACCAAAAUCAGCUGGUGAGAGAUGUCUUCCUGUGAAAUGGUUGGGUAUGUGUUUGUUUACGUUUAUAAGUUGGUGGAUAUGUGUGGACACAGUGCUGUGUGUGCGUGCGUGUGCUGUAUGUUUGAGAAGUCUUGAGUGCUGUGUGUGUGUGUGUGUGUGUGUGUAAAUGUGUGAUUGUUGGGGCUGGGCUGCAUAGGAAAGGAGAGGAGAGGAGAGGAGAUGAUGUUACAUUUUUUUGGAGAGUUCCAAGCAGUAGAUGCCUUAUUUCCUGUCGAGGGAGAAGAGCGAGUUGACGUGUUUAUAUGUGGAGGAGCUGUAGCGUGUAUGUGUGUGUGUUGUUCAUUGCAAAAAACCUAGAAGCCGUUACUACGUUAGCUGCUCACCUGUUGAGGUGCAGGCUGCCUACUGCAUCCCCUCGCUCUUCAGACAGAUCAUGAGCAUUGCUCUCACAUUACUCUGUUUUUUUUUCUUCUGUCUUUUUCUUUUCUUUUCUUUCUGUUUAUUUUUUUUACGUAGGCAAUGCUCUGAUUUCUUUCUUGACUGUUGCUCAGAUACUGAGCUUGUAGAGCAGCAUUGUGACUAACCAUACAAGCCAUGCAGUGGCCUAUUGAAGUGUUCAGUAGAGGGACUUAUUUAUUUGUAGAAAUCAUACUGUAGUGCUCUUAUUUGUGUUUUUUAUGGGGCAUUUGUGAACACUGCUUCAGAAAUAAAAGAUGUCUCAGUCA